UGACAAAUUAGCUGUUUCUUAUGAGAUAAUUCUCCUCAGGGGAUUUAUGGUGCACCUGCAUUACUUCCUUUAUUCACUUAAUAUGCAUUCUGGAUGAGUUCAAGGAGGUAGGAGUGGUUUGGGGCUUAAGCCCCAGACUCCCCACAGAGAAGAGUUAGAGAACUCUGAGUCCAUCAGUGAAGCUAGUAAGAGGGGCUUUGCAGCACUGUCCUGAGAUUGGAGAAGAAGUUCAGGUGUAAAUCCAUCACAUUCAUCCCUCAGCAGAGAGAGGAGGAUUCAGUAAUUGAUGCCCAGUCUCAGUUGGGCCAGUCCCUUCCUUCGCCCUUCCUCAGAACACUUGGGCUUAGGGUAGGGUUGGCAUGGUUCAGGAUCCAGUUAUUUCCCCUUUGUUCCAUUGCAGGCAUCUUUAAAUUCUGAGCAGCCAAACCCUACUGUAUCCUUAAUCCUUCCUGUGCAGUAGCUGCUGACAUGGCAACUCGCCAUGUAUGUUUGUAUGUCAAUAUUUAAGUAGGUCUCAGCCAAGAGGAGGGGCAGGCUCUCAUCCAUGGGUUAUAGUCAGGUAUUUGCAUCUUGGUGAGUAUAAAUGGGGUCAGUAGGACGGAACAUAAAAGAAAUGUAAGGCUUCUUACUUAGAGGAGGUGAGUUUUGUGUAGCCAUGGAGAAGUAUGGCUUAUAUAGCACUGAAAUCCAUCUCUCUCCCUGGGAACUUCACCUAGGAAGGUGAGUCUGUCAUGACAUGUUUUUGCCACAAAGGGGGUAGCCUUCACCAUGUGUGCCCUUUCUAUGAACUUUAUCUGAAUUUACAGUAGUAUCAACAUGAAACAAUGGAAUUAUAUUUUAAAUGUUCAUUCACUUCCAGGGUGCAGGUUGGCUGUUCAAUUCACUCCACUCUUUCAUAAAAUCUUGGGGAAAUAAUCCCCUGCUGCCUUGAUUUAGGAUCUGGUAAGUUCUUUGAAAGGAGAGAGCUGUUUGGGCUGUUUCCACUGAAAUAGACUAUGCUGAAAUGUGUAUUUACCUCACAUGCUUUUGAAGGAAGAGUAGAAUAAAUGAUGAGUGCAGACGAAACUUGUUUGCUCUGGCCUUUCCCUCAUCCAUGGCAAAUGUGAAGUGGGGGGUGGCGUCCUUUGGAGAACAAGAUGAAAAUCACAGCAAAGAGGAAAACCCUGUGCAGGCUCCUUGUGUGUGGGCGUCCCUGCAUGUCUGGAAUGUGAGGAGGAGGAGAAAAAGUUUUAGACAGCACUGUUCGUCUCCUGGCCUUUCUGUGCCAGUGCUGUAUUUUUCCCUUGUCACAGAUUCUGGAACUUGCAUGCAUGCUGAGCAUUUCUUGUGAUCUUGGUGGUGAAAAUGAUUUCCACUUUGGUUUAGUUAAGUGUUUUUAAAGCGACACUGUUGAUUUAAAUCACACUUCUGUUGAAAAUUUGCACCUGUUAUUGCUAGGAACUCCUAAUAUUUCUGUCUGUGACAGAAAGGAAAUGUUUCGGCUAUCUUUCCAGCUUUUUCUUUGUGAAUUUUGACACUUUCCCCUAUAUAGUCAAUUUCCCCUUUUCAUCUGGGCAUUUCACGUAGCAACAGAAGAGAGAGAAGCAUUGUAAAACAUAAGACAGCAUGAUUAUAAAACCACAAAAACUGGCAGGGGAUCGCAGGAGGGGAAAAGGGGUAGGCGUAGUGCCUGGAAUUACUUUUAACUCUUUUUAAAACUAAUAAGAUUGUAAUUUACUAGUGUCCCUUUAAUAUACAGUUGCAAAAAAUCAGUCUGUACCAGAUCUGUGAUAAAUAAUUUGUCUCCAAUACAUUUCUAUUAAAUGAAUUUCCUCCUGAAAGGUUCUCUCAGGCUGGCACUAAACGUGGUUCCAAAUAUUGCCCCUCCCUCCCAUUUUUUCUUUUCUCCUCAGCACAAUAUAUAACGUCCUAUCCAACCUUGGGUUAAUGGAGCAAAUUCCUUAUUGGCUCACUCCACGUCACUUGUGGCACUAGCAGGGUGGGCAUGCUUUGGAGAUACUAAACUGUCGUCUACCUUAGUUUUGACUUAAAACAUUAGUGUUUAACCAUUUUGCUUAAAUAUUGAACCAUAAAAUAUUUCUGGUAUUGGACUUGACACAGAAGUCAGGUAUAAGCUCAGUUCUGAUCUCUGGCUCUGGAUUCUUGUUGCUGCCAGUUUCCCUCGUUAGAAGUCCAGGUGCAGCCAAGAGAUACAGGAAUGCCAGUUUUUAGUCAACAGCUUUCAGAUAUAAUUUGCAGCGUGGAAGAGAACUUCUGACCCUAUGAAUAUUCCAAAAGCUGUGCCAGACGAAAUGGGCAUGCAGCCUUCAAGACUGCAGAAAUCCCUCUUGCCCUCAUGGUACUGGCGGUUUGGUUUCUGCGUUCUGCUGGAUGUAAAAAUUGUCUAAGUACUGCACACUGUAUAAAGCAUCUAUUGAACUUCUGCAGAGCCUGUUUCUCAAGCUGGCGGUGAAACUUUUGUUUCAUUGCAGGGAUGUAUAUCUGUAAAGGAACAUUCUUUCCCUUUUUCUGUCUCGGCCUGCUCCCUUGCUGGAAAGUGUGGGAUGGAAAGGGUGUUUCUGAGAUGGAUGUUGGUCUCUAACUGGACUAUAUGAGAUAGAAAAGCUGUUCUCUCCUUUUCCUCAUCUCUGUUCCCAGGCUGGAUGGUGUGAGAAGGAAAGGGUUUUCUGGCAGAGUGAGUGUUUGCAUACACAUCUGCUUGCUCAGUAGCCUAGAACUGAUCUAGCUGCAGUUACUGCAGUGCAGAAUUGAAGCAAUGAGUUAUCUCCCUCCUCCUCUUCUCCGCCAUUCCUCCUCCUCCUCCCAGCCUCGCAUUCAGGCUGGCUCUUGGGAUAACUGUGCAUGGCUAGCAAGCUGCAGUUCUGAUAAUAGUGCAUUAGUUCCUAGCAGCCUGCGACUGCAGGGUGUUUGUUUGGGAGUUGAGCUUCGAUGGCAACCUUGGCUAGAGAGAAGCAGGGGCUGCUUGUAGGCAGAGGUUGCUUUUAUCUCGCACAAAGCUGCUUUUGUAGAGGGUUGCUGAAGUCUGACACAAUGCUUGUUUGUUUGCAAUAGCUGGGAACCUCGUAGCCGAGUUGCAAGUGGGAAAGAGACAGAGAGGGAAGCCGGAGACAAACCAGCGGGGGAAUUAGGAGCUGUGACGUCGUGUCCUCCCUCCUGUGCUGAAGUGAGCAAGGGAAGGGGAGGUAGAGGAAAAAAAGAGAGAGACUGAGACUUACGACCGACCGCCAUCCUGAUGAUGUGUCAGUCAAACACUCUGCAGGGACCAGAUCUGCACACAGGGAAAUGGUGAGAUGCUGUAAAGCUUUAUCUAACCCUCCUCCCUCUUGCUACAACCUUCGCAAAGUUAAAAUUCAUGUCCGAAGGCUACGUUCAGGGAACAGCGGCAGGUGUGCCGGGGAGCAGCACCCGCAACUGGAGAGUCCAGGCCCAGCUGGCUCUGCUGGGGGCACACCAAAUAGGAGAGCCCGUUUCAGGUUGCAAUUCCCCCAGCUGGCCCUGAGGCGGAGGUUGGGCCAGCUGAGCUGUAUGUCUAGGCCUGCUCUGAAACUCCGUUCUUGGCCUCUGACUAUUCUCUAUUAUCUUCUGCCUUUCGGUGCUCUUAAACCCUUGACCAGAGUGGGAUGGAGGCCUAUGAGCAGGGUUUCUCUGUACAAAUCGGUACCAACACGAUUGCUUUCACGAGCCUGGGGUCGUUUGAACCAGGUUGAGCUGCCCACCUGGCUCCGGAAGCCUGUCUACAGCCUGUAUAUCUGGACAUUUGGAGUGAACAUGAAGGAAGCAGCCGUCGAAGAUCUUCAUCACUAUAGAAACCUCAGCGAGUUCUUCCGCAGGAAGCUGAAGCCCCAGUCCCGGCCAGUCUGCUGCUAUCACAGUGUGAUCAGUCCCUCAGAUGGAAAGAUUCUGAACUUUGGACAAGUGAAAAACUGCGAAGUGGAACAGGUGAAGGGUGUCACCUACUCGCUGGAGUCCUUCCUGGGGCCGUGCACCAGCAUAGAAGACAUGCAGUUUAGCCAAACCUCAUCCCCCAACUCAUUCCAGAACCAGCUAGUCACAAAGGAGGGGAACGAGCUCUACCACUGUGUCAUCUACCUGGCGCCUGGGGACUAUCACUGCUUCCACUCACCCACUGACUGGAGAGUGUCACACAGACGCCACUUCCCAGGCUCCCUGAUGUCUGUGAAUCCUGGUGUUGCCCGCUGGAUCAAGGAACUCUUCUGCCACAAUGAGCGGGUUGUACUUACUGGUGAUUGGAAACAUGGCUUUUUCUCCCUAACAGCAGUAGGAGCCACAAACGUUGGCUCCAUCCGCAUCUACUUCGACAGGGAUUUGCGUACUAACAGCCCCUCUUACUCCAAAGGCUCUUACAAUGACUUCAGCUUCAUAACCAACAAUAACAAGGAGGGCAUCCCCAUGAGGAAAGGAGAACAUUUAGGGGAGUUUAACCUGGGCUCAACUAUUGUUCUGAUCUUCGAGGCACCCAAGGACUUCAACUUCCAUCUCAAACCUGGACAGAAAAUCCGUUUUGGAGAGGCUCUGGGGUCCCUUUAGAAACUACAAGAGGAUUUUGUAUACAAAGGAACUCAAAACUUACAAGAAAAAUGUUUCACUAAUGGAAACUAUCACUCAGCAGGACCUGGGUGAGGAAAAUUAUUCAACAACACUGCUGUGUAAAACUGGGGUAGGAAUAUUUGCCCUAUAUCACAUACCCAUGCUGAGAGCAGUAAAAUAAUCAGAUAUCCAUAUACAUAUCAGGUACAGAUGCCUUUAAGAAUGUUGACCAGGGUGGUUUCUAUCCUAUCCUGUGCCUACAGUCUUUAACACUCUCCUCUUCAAUGUGUUGCAAACUAGUUACAUUCAUACAGAGCCUGUAGGUCCUUAUCGGGGACCAGGGAAGGCAGAAAGAUUAGCUACCUUUAAAGGGACACUGAUAGGUUGACCUAGACCCAAAGUUUCACUUCUGUAAAAUGUGGUUUUCAAACUUGCAGUAGCCAGAAAUGUCUAAUGCAAACACAACAUCAAGUAUGGAAGCCAGGAAGUCAAAUUGCCUAGUUGUACUUCCAUUUCCAACCUAGGUGAAAUGCACAAUCUACAUUAAUGGCAUCAGUGCUGAAACCAGUAAAUUAGACUCAAAUUCUGUUUAAUAACAUACUGGUAACAGGUAUGGAAACUAAUUUUUAAAUGCCUUUUAACCUGUUGUUGUCCCUUUAAAACUGGACUUUGCACUGUAUUUUAAACCUGAAAACACUGUGUCUACAUUCCAUGUGGUUGAACUUGUCAUCUUUUUG